AUGGCUCGUUUGCCGACUCUGCGGCCGAUGGAAGUUCCACGAGUGACAGGACCGGUGGUGGUAAACAGUUACAUUACCCUUAUCCUCCCAUCAGGCAGGCACACUCCUGGAAACCUACACCAAGCUCUUGGGUCAGUUCUUAUGGCUGGCGCUCACGCCUGCUCUCAUCCUCUUGUCGCAAAUGAUCGUCACGCCGUGCAGAACAUUCUCUUCCGAAGAGCAAGCAUGCUGUAUCACAUGCGCCACGAAUCGGAUAGGAUGCAUCUCCUACAAGCCGCAGCACUGUUUACAUGGCAUAUUGGUGAUGGUGACACAGUUGCCGGUGGCCCGUGGUACUGGGCUGGCAUAGCAGUACGUAUAGGAACAGGUCUUGGUGCACAUAGAAAGAGCUCACAGCUCCCGGCCGCUGAGAUGGCUCAGUAUCGAAGAUGUUGGUGGUCUGCCUUCUUCUGCGAGGUUUUCUCUGCCCUGGAGACGGGGAGGCCUUGCGCAGUGAGGGCCGAGGAUAUCGAUCAAAUACCACUUCGGCAAGAGGAUAUGGCUGAUACAGCAACCACCGAUCCUUCAAUGGUCGAGACACCAGGAGAAAUACGCACAGCAGUAACAUCGCAAACCUUUCUUGUGGCUAUCAAUGCUUUGGAGAGAUUGUCGAGACUUUUACGAUGCACCAUCUUGCUUGCGAGGCACUGGCCCAACGCCGAGGCUGUCCAUAGUGUCCUUGAGGAACUGCAUCGCGAAUAUGAGACGCUGGUUUCGCAGCGGCUACAGGGUGAACAGGUCAUGGUUCCGGAGAGUCCGCCGGAUUGGAACCGGUUGCUUGGGGCGGAGGGUGUACACCAGUUUAACAGUUUUACUUCGGACCAGGACUGGAUGAAUAUAAAUAGCUGGACUGAUUUGCUGUGA